AUGGUAGAUAAACAGUUACUACUACAUAUGAAAUAUUGUCCCACAGACACAGUAUGGGACGAACAUGGCCUUCUGUGUUAUAUAGUGUUACUAGACUACACAAAUGGUGUCACUUAUGGUGAAGCCAAAGACAGGUGCAGUAAAAUCAAUGGAACAGUGAUUAUGCCAAAGACAAAGGAAGAAGAAGAAUGGAUUACAAGUAAAGUGAUCUUUGGAAGAUAUAGCUGGGUUGGACUUACCGAUUAUGACGUAGACGAUGUCUUCACUUGGGAAGAUGGUACUAAUGAUUUUUUAUCAACACUCUAUUGGUAUCCAGCUCAACCCAAUGGACGAGAUAACGCAUGUGUAUGUGCAGUUAUGAUUAAUGGUGAAUUGAAUGACGUUGACUGUAGAACACCUAAUAAGGUCGUAUGUCAGGUAGAUGCCAAAACUAGAUUACCAACGACAGUGUACGACCAAUCAACAAACCGUUCCAAUUUCCAAACAACAACCCUUCCUGCAGAAACCACUAGAAUACCGGCGACAUUCUACAACCAAACAACAAACUAUAUGUAUGAUAAUUUAGAAACCACGAUCCUUCCUACAAAAACCACUGGAAUACCGGCCACAUUCUACAACCAAAAAACAAUGCAUGUCGAUUUAGAAACCACCGCUAUUGUUACAGACACCACUGGCAUACCGGCGACAGUCUACAACCAAACAACAAAGCAUGUCGAUUUAGAAACCACAACCCUUCGUGCAGAAACCACUAGCAUACCGCCGACAUUUUACAACCACACAACAAAGCAUGUCGAUUUAGAAUCAACAAAGCAUUCCAAUUUAGAAACAACAACCGUUCCUGUUACAAAUAUGUCGCUAACCUUAACAUCACUUGAGUGUGAAGAUUUUUGGAUGAAUCAGUGUAAAUGUAAUUGUCAAGAACUGCCAGCUAUCCCAGAAAUACAUAACGACAUCAUCACAUACAGAUUGGAUAAGACAACGUUAUCGUCGUAUAUUAGGAAAAGGAGCAGUGCUUCAGACCCAAGAAAGUCAUCAUUUUACAUCGGAUGUGUCGGUAUCACUGUUCUUGUCUUGUCCAUUCUCUUCAUAGUUGUUCUAGACUUAAUACCUAGGGGGUAA